GUUGAUAAGUGGGGAGUGACAUCUUUGCGGCAGUCGAAUACGACAAGCUCUUGUAAUUAUACUCGAUUGUACUCCAUACGUGAACGAAGUUGACGAUUUAAUUCAGUCCGAGUAAUUAUCAUUUCAAGCAGAUCUCAAGUGUUUCACCGUUUACGGAUCUUAAACACUGUGUCAAAGAGCUAAAACAAAAACCAAAGAUGACAACUUGGCAGAACACACCUGGUGCAGGAUAUUAUCCAGGACAACAAGGUUAUCCACAACAAAAUCCUGGGUAUCCACCUCACGACGGGUAUAAUCCAGGAUAUCCACCUCCUUACGGUGCACCAGUCCCCCCAGGACCUGGUUUUAUUCCUCCUCCAGCUGCUCCUCCUUACGAGCAAGCACCACCACCUGGUGCAGCGUUUGUUGCAGGACCACAUCCAGGCAUGUAUGGGACAAAUUAUGCAGAAGAUCCUAUGCAAGAUGAAGUCAAGGGAUUUGAAUUCAAUGACAAAUCGAUCAGAAAUGGAUUCAUCAGGAAAGUUUAUAGUAUACUGAUGUGCCAGCUUUUGAUUACGGUGGGACUGAUCGCGUUAUUCCUUUAUCAUGAACCUACUCAAAAAUGGUCGAUGCGGCAUCCGGAGAUGUUUUGGAUUUGUUUUGCAGUCACUAUAGUUCUGAUUAUAUGCAUGGCUUGUUGUACCAGUGUGAGGCGAAAAGCCCCUAUGAAUUUUAUUUUUCUGUUUCUAUUCACAAUAGCAGAAAGUUUCCUGUUAGCUACUGCUGCCUCAACAUACAAAUCUACAGAGGUACUCUUGGCUGCUGGAAUUACAGCAGUUGUUUGUCUUUCACUGACGUUAUUUGCAUUUCAAACAAAAUUUGAUUUUACUGGCCUCAACAGUAUUUUGUUUGUCGCAAUGAUUAUUUUUCUACUCUUUGGAAUAAUUGCAAUGAUCUGGCAUGGGAAAACUAUGACUAUAGUGUACGCAUCAAUUGGAGCUCUGCUUUUCUCCAUUUAUUUGAUCUAUGAUACACAACUUAUGAUCGGCGGUAACCACAAGAUUGCAAUUUCCCCGGAAGAAUACAUCUUCGCUGCGUUGAAUCUUUACAUAGAUGUUAUCAACAUUUUCCUUUAUAUUUUGACUAUUAUUGGCACUUCACGAGACUAAGUAUUAUAAAAUACAUAUUUUUUGUCAGUUAUUAGAAUAAUUGUUAACGCAAACUGCUUUUACUUAUCCUUAUUCUACUUUGACUUUCUUUACUUUGUGUACAGAGAGUUUAUUAAAGAUAAGUAUAAAGAUACGAUCGAGCGAUAUUGGUAGCAAUUCGAGCAUUAAUUUCUGUGAAUCAAUAGUUUUUUCACGUUUUUCAAAAUAUAGUCAAUAUGAAGAUAUUGUUCUAAAGUUGGACUUUUAGUCUUGUAAGUCAAACAAAUAAUUCCUAUGCUAAGAAAACUGAGCUAAUUGUCUUGUAUUUAAGAACAUACAAGUGUAUAAUAUGUGUAGAUGCAUAAUUUACCCCUAUUUAUGUUCGAUAAUUUAAAAAAAAAAUACUAUAUAUUUAUGUCCAUUUGGUUGAAAAAGUAUUCAUUUUGUAAACAAAUAUUUAAUUUUUGUAUUUUGUCAUAACACAAAGAAAUUAUAUAUAUGUGAAAAAUAAUUGAUCUAAUCAUUAGUAUAUAUAAUAAAAAAAUAUGUUUUAAUAGUAUUAAUAUUCAUAUUAGAUGUAGCAUUAUAAUGUUUAAACAUUAUUACACUUCCAGAUUAUCCUAAAAGUGCAUUAUAUAUGUAUAUCUCGUUGUGUGCUUAGAAAACAAAUGUUAUGUUAUCAAUGAUCAUAUUUGCGUAAUAAAAAAAAUUCUAAAGUA